CUUGUCACACAUAGAGCUAGAACUUUGAAGUUUACAUAAAUAACACAAACAAUUAUUCUAAUUAAAUUUAAAUAUUUCUAUUGCUAAUUUAAGAAUAAAUUAAUAUAUAAUACAUUUUUUUCUUCAUAAUAUUUAUAUUGAUUAUAUUACGUUUCAUUGUUUAUUUAUUAUAAUGGCCACAUUUGAUGAUAAACUAUUGGGAGAAAAAUUACAAUACUAUGUUAGUGAAAGUGAAAGCGAGGACGAAGAAGUUAUAGGCGCUUGUUCUAAUAAACCUGAGCUAGAUCAAAACAAAACUCAUUGGUCAGGUACUUCGGUAAAUACAGGUCCAAAAGGUGUUGUUGAAGAUUGGCAAAAAUUCAAACAAAUGCAAGCAGAAAUGCGAGAAGAAAAUGAACGGCAAAAGGUCGAACUUGCUAAAAAAUUAAGCAUGACUGUUAGAACAUACAAAGAAGACUUGAAAAAGGAAGAAGAAGAGGAGUUAGAAAGGGAAAUGGCUGAACUUAUGAAUGACGAUAUAUUACUGCAAUUUCAAAAAAAAAGAAUGAUGGAAAUCUUAGCUUCUUCUGGCGAACUUAAACAAUUUGGAAAAGUUUUUGAAAUAAAUACUACGGCUGAAUUUCUUGAUUGUAUUGAAAAUGAAAGCAAGCACGUAAUAAUUAUAAUUCACGUUUAUGAUAGAAAUGUAGCAACAUGCAGAGAAGUUAAUAAAUGUUUGGAUGUCUUAGCUUCUGAACAUAUUACAACAAAAUUUUGUAAAAUAUUAUGUUCAAUAACUGGAAUGAGCCACAAUUUUCGUGAAAAUGGAUUGCCAGCUAUAUUAGUAUAUAAAGCAGGAGCUAUGAUUGGAAAUUUCGUUCAAAUAACAAAGGAAAUUGGAGAUGAUAUUUUUCCAUCUGAUCUAGAAAAUUAUUUAAUAGAAAAUGACGUUUUAACUGAAAAGAUAAAUCGGUAAAUUUUUGCAAUAGGGAAUUGAUAAUAGUAACCAAAUACCUACUUCUAGAAUUAAUUGAAUACAUUUAUUAAUUAAAAAAUAUAUGUAUAUAAAAAAGUUAUGUAUAAUUUUAUAAAAAUAUUAUUAAUAUCGUACCUAUCUACCCUUUAACUUAAAAAAUUUACUUAUAAAAAUGGUACUUAAGCAUUAAUAUCUAUUGCACUCGUCCUUAACCCUAUGGGUAAAUUGACUUUUUCAUAAAACAUCACAUGC